AUGGACGCCAUCAAUUUGGAAGCCACGGCUUUGGAGCAAAUUCGCAAGGACUUUUUGUGCGAGGUUAACGCAUAUGAUGGUCGUCUAUCCAAAGGCAUCAGUGAUCGGCUUAACCGGCUGCCCCGGAACAUCCGCAAACAGCUAGUGGAUACCGACUAUAAGGGUCUGGGUUCAUCUUUGUUUAUCGCCUGUGGCAAAGGCGACGUUGAAAUGAUAAAGUAUCUGAUAACGGAGUGCGAUGCCAACAUCGAACAUAGAGCUAUCAUGGUUGACAGUACUCGUGGAACGGAUGAGGUACCCAAGGAUAAAAUGAUAAACUACGUUACUCCACUGUUUUGUGCAUGCAAAUUCAACAAUUUCCCAGUCGUGAAAUGUCUCGUGAGUUUGGGAAGUGACGUGAAUGCACUCUCCGGCAUCGGGUUAACCCCUUUAACAGCUGCAUGCAAGUCAGAAAACUUUGAAAUGGUUAAAUAUUUGAUUGAAAACGGAGCGGAUGUUCAGGCGACAGCUUCGUCCGGUGUAACCUACCUCAUCGAUUCUAUCGAAUCAGAGCCAUUAUGUAGGUAUUUAAUUAGCAAAGGGGUUGACGUUAAUGGUCACGAUUCGAACGGCAACACUGCUCUUCAUUGUGCAGUUGAGAACGAGGGGAUGGACACGAUUGAGCUACUGUUAGACCAUGGAGCCGAUCCAUUCGCAAAAAAUCAUUCCGGUGAUGACGCUCUACAGAUAGCGUGCAUUGCAGGUGCAUUGGAGAUAGCGGAUUAUCUGCUGGAUAGAAUAAAUUACUCGAGUAAAAGGCGAGCCGAUGCUCGUUUUCUGAUGGGAUCAUCGUUAAUUUAUUUUGAUGAUGAUACGCAUGACGUAGUUCAACAAUGGCGGUUGGCUCUCGAUGCCCAGAUGGGUGAAACCGAUUACACCCAAACCAGAACAUCGACUCCACCACGAGCAGCCUAUAGAAAUAUGGUUGAAAUCAGCACAAUUGCCGAGUUGGACGCAAUCGGCACUAAUGUGGAUGCAUUACGUAUGCAGGGCUUAUUGAUUCAAGAAAGAAUAUUGGGAGUAGAUCAUGAGUACACUUCGCACAGGUUAAUGAUCAGAGGUAGUUUUUAUAAAGGAUCAAGGCAGUUCCAGACGUGUAUAGAUCUAUGGACGCUAGCGUUGGAAGUACGAAUUCGAAACCAUACCGUAUUGGAUAGAAGUACCUGCGAUACAGCAUCGGAUCUAGUGAAGUUGAUGGUUAAUUUGUCGACCAACAAUGAGCCCAUGAUGCCACGAUUCAAAGAUGUGUACGCCACAUUCCAACUUUUGACAUCGAGCAUCAGUGAUAUUCAGCCGUUACUCCAUAUACAUUCGGCUAAUGGGAACCAACAAGCAAACUUCGAUUGUAUACUCCGUUGUCUGACGAAUCUGAUAUCUACCUUACUCUCCGUGGCUCAAAGUGAGGAUGAACAUCGACUGAUCGAAAGCUCUGUUCGUUCUCUUGUUGCUAAGAAUAUGCGAACCGCGUCCAAGGCAACACUGCUGCAUCUAGCAGUAUUGAAGAUCAACAUUAUGCCGAGUGAAUAUUCCACCAAUCAGGAAGAUGAGGAGAGGAUAUUUUCCAAUCUACCCGCCACGAAGUUGCUGUUGGAAUGUGGAGCGCGCAUCAAUGCUUACAACAAGGACAAAUCUACGCCACUGCUUUUUGCUUGCAGACCACGGAAUUAUGAGAAAGAGGUGGUACGUACACUGAUCGAGUACGGUGCCCAUUUGGAUCUUCAGAACGUAUUUGGCGAGCGCCCUUCAUCACUGCUUAGAGCAAACCCGGCAAACGAUAUCAAUCUAGGCCAUCAUAUUUCGCUUAAACACCUUUGCGCUAAAGCGCUCAAUGCGCCCGACAUACCCAAUCGCAACAAAAUUCCCUGGGCACUGCAAAAAUUUGUCCAGGCGCGACAAAUAUAUCCGUGUGAAUAA